AUGCCCUCUAAUAACGACAGCGAACCCCUGGACGAGAACCAUCCCGAUCAAGCCGUUUUGAUUGAUCCUUCCCCGCCAUCUCAGGCCGACCCUUGGGCGUCUCUCGCCGCAGCAGCAUCCAAGAAAAAGAAGAAAAAGGGCAAGGACAAAAAGAAUGGCUCGGCGGCGACGCCAGCAGGAGACACACCUCCUCUCCCUACAGCAAAUGCUGUGAAUGACAAGGUGGAACCCGGGGAGGAUAUUUUUCAGCCUACAAUUGCCCCGUCUCCGCCGACACCACCAGUGGACAAUGGCGUACGUGUGGAUGUGACUUCGCCUAUGUUGUUACCGGAAGUGGACAGGCGUGAUCACCUUCCUACGAAACCGUCGCCAAUACCUUCGGCAACGUUGACAUACUUGGACGAUGAGAUCGAUGCAUAUGUUGAGGAGGAUCUGCUUGGACCAGCAGAGCCGGUGGCAAAAGAUUCACCCGUCUCCUCGCCAGCUCUUCGUUCACCACGUCUCGCCGUAGCGAAGCCCGAACCGCCAAACUCACCCUCGCUCGUAGUCCGCUCGCCAAAUAUCUCGGCAGCCUCUCGAGAGCGUCAGAAAAGUCCUCCGGUACAGAGGCCGGUUUCGAUAGGCAAUGCUCCAUCGACCACCCAAGCGCCAGGGCUGCGAACAGACACAGGCUCGAAGCCGUCCACGUCACCGCACCUCCCUCGUUUCGUUGAGCCUCCUCCACCACACAUGCCCCAAGCGCAUUUCUGGGGAUUGCCUGAUCUGGGAUUGAAUCUGAAACCUCCUGCAGAAGCUGGGAGACCUGCAGGGUCGGAUGGAUAUUGUUGUAGUCUCGAUACUUUCACCGACGCGGGAGAUGACGUCUCAGCACGAAAGGCAAAAGACGCGAUCCUGGUGGGAUCCGAAGGUGGUUUAGAAGUGUUUCGCAUUCUCCCGAACAAGUUGGAAGUCGUCGGGCGUCUUGAGGGAUUGCGAGGAUCGGUCAUGGCUGCAAAGAUCCUUCCUCACACGAACAAAUUUGAUGUCUUGCAGUCACUUCGUCCUUUGGUGGCAGUGGUGGUUCACGGACUUGAGACGCGAGAACGGUCAGACUCGGUACGGCGAGGGAGCAUGGACAGAGGGGACCGAUAUCAGACAACUGUGGAGGUAUAUUCUCUACAGUCGCAGCAGCACAUCGCUUCGUUGUACAAGAGCGCCACGGUCUCUGCAGAAGUCGGUCGGAAUGUCACAGUACCCAUUGGCGAGUUGAGUAUCAACGCUGAAGGGUCUUUCGUCACGGUUGCGUCCGGCCGAAGCGGCGAAGUAUUUGUCUUCACAUCAGCACCGCACUUGUCGACCAGAGAAGUGUCAUUCCGGUGCGUCGGAAAGUUUUGGACUGCGCUGCAACGGACAUCUUCAUCUGCGCCGCGACCCACAAAUGACAGCAUUGCGGGAGCGACAGAAGCACAAGAGGCCCCGCAAAAGCCUUUGUUCAGCUUGAGCUCCCGAUGGUUAGCUGUGAUGCCGCCUCAAUUCUCGAGCAUCUCUAUCUCUGGAACACCUUUGCUUCUUGCCUCGAGCACUGCUCCACCCGGUGUAGCCACGCAUGUCGCUCCGCCACAACCAUUGGUCUCAUGUGAAGUGGUAGGAACGGACAUAGAGGGCACAUGGAGUCGCCUCGGUCGACAGGCCGCUCAAGGUCUAGUCAAGUACUCUCAAAAAGGCAUUGAAAUGAGUUGGCAAGGCUGGAAAGAACUCACCCAUCCGACACCACCGGGCCAGGCUAAUCAUCAGCGCAUCUCCAGCAAAGAAGAGCUAUUUCCGCCUACAAAAGGUCCGUCAGAGGAUCUCGCUCGUCUUGCCAAGGAACCUGCACUGGUUUCAAUCAUUGAUCUGCAAAGUUUGCUCGAAUGGGAAGAUGUGAAGCCGAAAUAUACACCAGCACCGGUCGCUACAUUUGCACUCGUCGAGGGCUGUAGUUUCAUCUCGCUGUCUGCCACAGGAAUCCGGUUAGUGACAUCUAGUCGCAAAGGCGAGGUGUCAACCAUCUGGGACCUCACGCAAGUGGCGCACGGCGUGCCUAAGCAAGUCUCGUCACGUAGAGGUGGACACGAUCUCGAUGAAGACGACUCCGGAAGUGGGCCAUGCAUCAGACAAAUACACCGCAUCGUGCGAAACAGUCCUUCUACGAUUCUCGAAUGUGCUUGGGCCGUGGACGACGAUGCCCUUGCGUUACUGACUGCCAAUGGAACUGUACACCUGCACGAGGUCCCUUCUGCGUUUCUUUCUAGCGCUCGCAAACGUAAACGCCGUCAUGCUUCUUCGUCGAUAUCUACGGUCGGUGCAUCGAAUCCCGAGAAGGCAAAUGCUACAGUCGGCUUGAUCGCGGCAGGCUCGCCUCCUAGUAGCGGCGGGAAUUAUGCCAGCACUCAAGGCUUCCUCAGCACUUUGAAGUCGGGUUGGCAGUCCGUCAGCACACAAGUUUCAUCUUUACGUGAGAACGCCAGCAAUGCAAAUGCGCCAACCACACCGGCAUCAACAACGUCUACUCCCUCUGGAGGAAACCCGGGCAGUGCGGGCGGUCCGGCUUUCCUUGGUGGUGUCCUUCCUACGUCCUUCGCGGGCAUCCGUGACGCCACGGCCGCUGCUGGAAAUCUCGGCUCGCGUGCCGUCGCUCGAGGUCUUAGCCAGGGUUUCACUGCAGCCAAGGGCGGUGCAAGCGACUACUGGCAUGCCGACGACAACAAGAUCCGCGUCGCACUCAACACUGCUCCACAGAACAUCUCUAGCUCCGUCUCUGCCGUCGCAAUCAAUGCAGGCAAUAGCAAAACUCUUGCACUACCUUCGACCCUAGAAGCACUCGCCGCAGCUACAACAGCAAUUGCAAAUCCUCAUCGCAUACGUUGGAUCAGACAUCGUCCGAAUUCCUCUUCUGCGGCGGCCGCUGCUGCCUCGGCGUUGGACAUUGUCAUCAUCGCAGCAGGAGGCGUCGUGCAAGUUCACCCCGUCUCGAAGGUCGUUCGACGCAAGGGUGACGAAUUCAUACGUGGCCUGAAGCACGAGCGUUUCUCCCGCAAGGCUUUCACCCUUGCACCGAUUGCCACACGAUUAAGUCAAAGUGGGAAGAUUUCCAAUGGUCCCUCGUCCGACAAAGACACCUGCGCUGAACUCGGCCCACAUGGCUUCUGGUCACUUCGCCGUAGUCCCACCGGCACUCCCACAAAUCCCGCUUUGGGAGUUAUCCCACCUUCUCACCGUCACUUCAACAAUUCACACUAUGCCGCAAAUGACGUCGAAACCAACCCCCCUUACUGUCCCUUCCAUGUCGAUCCGCGUGUCGCGGUAUUCGCCUUUGAUGAAUCUCCUGGCGGUGGCAACAGCCAGUACGGCGCUCGAAAUCCUGCAGCUAACACUCCGGGCGCGUGGGAGAUUUUCCGUAGCGCAGGCUAUGCAGAUCACGAGCAGCAGUAUGUAGCCCCACGCGGCAGAGGCCGAGCAACAGUAGACACCAGCUCCGGCCCUCGACCCUGGAUUUUCGGUGGCCCAUUGCCAAAUGCCGUGCGUUUGAACGAUCGCGCAGGUUUCCUCGAGGACGAUGGGGCAGGUGAGUUCGAUUUCGACUCUGGGACAGGCGUCGGCGAUGAGACCGGCUUUGAAGACUUUCUCUCGCCUGGCGGUGGUGGCCUGGACGCCCAGCGUCCACGCCAGCGCAGCAACAUCACGGGAGGGAAAGGCGGAUACCGCGACUUUGAUGAUGUCGACGAAAAGGACGAGAACGACCUCGAGGACCUUGAUGAUGUCGACGGCGACCCUGACGGAGCCUUUGCAAGUCAAAUCGAAAGCCGUCUCAUCAUCUCAUCGUCCCGCCCAAAUCUCAAUUCAUCCGACCAGCAGCAGCAGCAGCCGCAGCAUUAUCAUCCAUCCUCAGCCCCCGGCGGUGGGAGCUCUGGAAUCCGCAAAUCCAACAUCGGCAGUCGCCGAGGCGGGACCCUCGACCUCCUCUCCUCCGCCUCCGCCUCCGCAAGCAACAACAACCUCAUGCUCCUCGAUGACGCUGGGGCGGCGGAGCAAUCAAAGGAAAUACCCGGGGCGGUCGUCGAGGAUGAGAUUCGUAUCAAUACGAGGAGGAAACCUGCAGGUGCAGGCAGGAACCGGAACGCACAGCGACAGUCCCAACCGGGAAUUCCGGGUGGGACGCUGAAUGCUAUUGUUAGAGCUAGAGCCGGUGCGGGCGCUGCUGGUGCUGGUACUGAGGGUGGAGGGAGGAAGUCGAAGGCUUGA